AAUGGCGCUCUUUCUGCCACUACUAGUGGCGGCGUCGUUGUUCUCGCCAGCAGCAGCGCUGCUCGCCGGCGGCGAGCAUGGCGUCGUCGUCGUCGAGCCGAGGCAAGUGGAGAUCAUGUUCGACCUCGCCACGCAGUCAUGGUACCACGAGCUCUACAGGCCCCUCAAAGCCGCGCUCACCGACGACGGGGCCGGUCCGGAGCUCAUGGGCCACGCCGUCGUGGACCUGCUCGACGACGACCAGCCGCCGUCGAAGCAGAUCACGGUCCGCCUGUUCGCCAGCGGCGGCGGCGGCGACGAGGCGAAGCUCCUCGUCGCGGAGGACGACGCCUACGUGGCCGGCUUCGCCAACCGGACGGGCCACUGGCACACGUUCCGCGGCGGGCGCUGCCACCACCCGGUGAUCAUCCCCGCCGGCGGCGCGGCGCCGUGCACGGAGCUCCCGUUCGGGGGCACGUACCGCGAACUCAUCGGCGGCGUGGCCAACCUGCGCGCCGUGCCGCUGGGGAGGGCGUCGGCGGAGAGCGCCAUGCGGGUGCUGUCCCGCUACGACCCGGCGACCACCCCGGCCGCCGACGCCAAGAUGGUCGUGGCCAAGUUCAUGGUGAUGGUCACCGAGCCCAUGCGGCUGAAGGCCGUGUCGCGCGCCGUCGGCGGCCGGUGGGAGGAGGAGAGCUACCUGAGCUCCGACGAGGCCAAGUACGUGCCGUACUGGGGCGAGAUAUCGGCCAUGCUGGUGGAGUGGAACAGCACCGGCCGGUGGGGUGAGCUCGGCCCCCGGAGCAAGAUGGACAGGGCGCGGUGCCCGCGGCCCGCCGGAUGCGAGGACGACGGCGGCGACGGCGACGACGGCGGAGGCAAGCUAUUCAUGAUAUAAGAUUUCAUGAUUGUAUAUGCACGGUCUGGUCUGAUCGGUUCAUUGUCGGCACUUCCAUAAUCUGGAGUGAUUAGGUUGAUCUGCACCUGUGUCUCUGUGUGCUCUGCUGCUAAUUAAUAAAGUCUCUGCUGUGUUUUGGUUGAUCAAGUUUGCUUAAUUACUAUUGUUGCUCUAAUUUUACAAGCUGUAAUGGAAGAAGUUAAUUAAA